AUGGGGAGUGGUGACCCUUAUGGGCGCCAACUUGAUGGCUUGGGCGCAGGGAUAUCGAGUCUGAGCAAGAUAUGCCUGGUUGAACCAUAUGGAAAGAGGGUUCCUUUGCUUGGAAAAGGGGCACGUUAUCGAACAGGAAGCCGUGGCCUUGAUGCCAUCAAAGAGACUAUGCAGGUCGCAGAGGUGCUCGAUCAGAAAGAGGCAGAGAGGAACGAAGACGAGGAAAAGCUGGACAUUGAUUACACCUUUGUGGGGCUUGGAAUUGAGAACGAUGAAGUGGACGUCGCAGGCAAUUGUGGAAACAUGAGUAGUGCCAUUGGGCCGUAUGCAUACAAUGCCGGUCUUCUUCCAGCUUCCGUCUAUGCAAAAGCGGACGGGGAGGUCACGGUCAAGAUACGGAAUACAAACACAGGAAAACUCAUCGACUCCACGUUCAACGUCGUUGGUGGAGAAGCAGUCGUCACGGGUGACUACACGAUUGACGGUGUAACAGGAAAGGGCUCACAAAUCAAACUGGACUUUAAAAAUCCAUAUGGCAGCAAGACUGGCAAGGUAUUACCGACCGGGAGAAGGAUAGACAAUAUUGCGGGUUACAGAGUAACUUGUAUCGAUGGCGCAAAUCCUGCCGUAUUCAUUCGAGCUGACGACGUUGGCGUUGAUGGCACUAUCCUCCCAAAUGACUUCAACAAACUCUUCGAUAAGCUUGCAUUGCUCGAAGAUAUACGGAAGGCUGCAGCGGUGGCCAUGGGCAUCGCGGAGACCGAAGACCUUGUUCCGCGCACCAUUCCAAAAAUUGGUCUCGUCUCGCAGUCCUCGUCCCACCCGGUAUUGUCAGGAAAAACACUCAAUUCCUCUCAGAUGGAUAUUGUGGUCCGAUUCCUGUCAGACACCCAGCCCCAUCGCGCGAUACCACUGACCGCUGCGUUGACCACGGCCGUCGCUGCGCGCAUACCCGGUACCAUUGUUGAGCAGAUGCUUGCCCCCGAGCCGUUGGUACCAUCCGCAAUCACGAUUGGUCAUGCAAGCGGUCAAUUACAAGUCGAUGCUACAAUGCACGAAAAGAACAAGCUUAUCCCAGUCAGUGGCACCGUAUUCAGGACCGCAAAGAGGCUUUUUGAGGGAGACAUCUUCUACACAAACGUGAUGGAGUCUACUUCUGCUGCUACAUCUACAUCUGUCGACAACGUCAACUAUAGCAGCAAUGGCCGUCACUCCCUCGCUGUUGCGCAACUUCCGACCCACGCCACCGAACACCUCGCAGAUAUUGUGAACCAAGCGGGCCGCAAAGUCAUGGUCAAUUACUACUCUCAGAAGAGGGCGUUUGAGAACGAAAAGAAGGAGAAGGAAAAGAAGCUGAAGAGUUUGGAGGAGAUGGUGAGGAUGGUUAAAAGUAAACAGAGGAAGACGACGCUAAAAGCGAAGGAUAAGAAGAAGCAGAUGGAAGAUAACGCAAAGAAAGCCAAGGCGGGGAAGGGUAACAAGGGCAAACAGGGGAGAAGAUGA